CCGGUGAGGCUCCCGGUGAGGUGCCCGGCUCCCGGUGAGGGCCGCGGCCAUGCGGCGGCUCCUCGGCCCGCUGCUGUGCCUCUGGGCGCUGCGGCUCCCGGCGGGCAGCGGCGCGGCCGCCCGCGGGCUGGACGUGGCUUCCUACCGGGAGCGGGUGCGUGCCAUGUUCUACCACGCCUACGAGCACUACCUGGAGAGCGCCUUCCCUUACGAUGAGCUGCGGCCGCUGACGUGCGACGGGCAGGACACCUGGGGCAGCUUCUCCCUGACCCUGAUCGAUGCCCUGGACACGCUGCUGAUCUUGGGAAAUGUUUCUGAGUUCCAGCGAGUUGUCAACGUUCUGCAGGAGGGGGUGGACUUUGAUAUUGAUGUCAAUGCAUCUGUCUUUGAAACGAACAUUCGAGUGGUGGGAGGGCUCCUCUCUGCUCACCUGCUCUCCAGGAAGGCUGGGCUUGAAGUGGAAGCAGGCUGGCCAUGCUCGGGACCUCUCCUGAGGAUGGCUGAGGAAGCAGCUCGCAAACUGCUACCAGCUUUCCAGACCCCAACUGGGAUGCCCUAUGGCACAGUGAACCUGCUGCAUGGAGUAAACCCUGGGGAGACCCCAGUCACCUGUACUGCUGGAAUUGGCACCUUUAUAGUGGAGUUUGCCACCUUAAGCCACCUCACUGGUGACCCAGUGUUUGAGGACGUUGCCAGGAAGGCUCUGAAGGCACUGUGGAAAAACCGCUCAGAUAUUGGGCUGGUGGGGAACCACAUUGAUGUGAUCACUGCCAAGUGGGUGGCCCAGGAUGCUGGGAUUGGGGCAGGGGUGGACUCCUACUUUGAGUACCUGGUUAAAGGAGCCAUCCUCCUGCAGGACAAGGAGCUGAUGUCCAUGUUUUUAGAAUAUAACAAAGCUAUCAAGAAUUACACCAAGUUUGAUGACUGGUACCUGUGGGUUCAGAUGUACAAAGGAACGGUGUCCAUGCCUGUGUUCCAGUCCCUGGAGGCCUAUUGGCCAGGCCUGCAGAGCCUCAUUGGGGAUGUAGAUAAUGCCAUGCGCACCUUCCUCAACUAUUACACUGUCUGGAAGCAGUUUGGGGGCCUGCCUGAGUUCUACAACAUUCCCCAGGGAUACACAGUGGACAAGAGGGAAGGAUAUCCACUCAGGCCUGAGCUGAUUGAGAGCGCGAUGUAUCUGUACCGUGCCACGAGAGACCCCACACUCCUGGAGCUGGGGAGAGAUGCUGUGGAGUCCAUAGAGAAAAUCAGCAAGGUGGACUGUGGCUUUGCAACUAUCAAAGACUUGAGGGACCACAGGCUGGAUAACCGCAUGGAAUCCUUCUUUUUGGCUGAAACAAUCAAAUACUUGUACCUGCUGUUUGACCCAGACAACUUCAUCCACAAUGAUGGCUCAGACUUUGAUGUGGUGGUCACACCGUACGGGGAAUGUGUUCUGAAUGCAGGAGGGUACGUCUUCAACACCGAGGCUCAUCCCAUCGACCCUGCUGCCCUGCACUGCUGCAGGAAACGCAAGGAAGAGCAGUGGGAGGUGGAAGAUUUGAUGAGGGAAUUCUACUCACGGAAGAAAACCAAGAAAUUCACUUUAAAAAGAGCUCCUGACCAUGGUGAAGGAGAAGAUGCAAAGGACCCUGAAAAUGCCUCUUCAGAGAAAGCUGGAGAGAAGAGAAACUCUAAGAAAAGCUCACACUCCCUCCUGAGCUGCCCCAGUCAAUCUUUUAACUCCAAGCUUGCAGUACUGGGACAGGUCUUCCUAGAUAACACCUGAUCCUCUUUGCAUCAUCAGUUUAAAUUAUUGAACUCGUUUCAGAUUCUGGGAAUAUAUUUUUAUAGUUUCAUAAUGGAAAGUGUGGUACCUCACAAUGUGAAUUUGAUUAUGAAGUGAAACAACUUCCCAUUAAAUUCUGCUACUGCCCCUUUCUAAGCCAUGGCUCAGAUACCAGCUGUUAAUGCUGUCGAGCUGCUGAUCUCAAAGCAGUUGGUUGUCUGAAUAUCAAAAAGGUGUCCAGAAACAGAAAGGUCUACAUGUUAAAUGUACCUUUCUUAUUGCAUUUUUUGAGUCUUACAGGCUUACAGAAAGAUACUUUGUUCUAAAAAAAGGAGCCUCAAUGUCUUGUCAUAAGGAAAGCAGGAAUUACUGUAGCUUUACUACAUCUCUCUGUGUACUCCAUCUUUUAUCUCUGGCCACUUUAUAAACAUGUAAUUCAUAUUGAAAAAUUGCUGCCCAGUGGAGAAAACUUGUUGCUCUGGCAGUUCUGUUGGAGGGAUGGUGUCGGGGGAGAGGAACACUUGAAACUGGGAAAGUGCUCAGUGUCCGUUUCAGAUCAGUGUGGGUCAGUACCUCCUGCCUGAAAACCACUUUAGUAAAUGUCCAGGUAAUGUCUGGACAAAAAACCGAGCUGGAGGGUGGACUAGGAAAUGCUUGAUUCCACAUUGUAGCUUUGCUUUCUUUUUAAAGAAUCUAACAUGCUUCUCUUUGAUUUUCCCA